AUGUCUCCCAAAUUUCUCCAUUUCUCUCGCAAGAGCCGCCCUUCCAGGCAAGAACGUCUCGUUCUCACCUGCUCUCUCGCCCUCGCGACCCUCAUAGCAGCAUUCGCGCUGCUCGUCCCAUCAGCCGCCGCCGCGCUGAAGCUCGGCCCUUAUAUCGCGCCGGGCGCCACGGACAACCGCGGCCCGUGCCCGGCCUUCAACACCAUGGCGAACCACGGCGUCUUUCCGCGCGACGGCUCCGCCAUCAAGCGCAAGCGCAUCGUCAACGCCUUCCGCAAGUUCUACUCCUUCUCCCCGACCGUGACGAACGCGCUGAUCAACGGCGCCAUGUCGAAAGGCGUGGGGGAUAAAAAGGCGGGGACGAUCGACCUCGUGCAGCUCCGCGCGCACAACAAGAUCGAGCACGACGUCUCGUUGGUCCGCGACGACGCGUAUCUCGCCGUGGCGUUCGGUGAAGCAGCGGCACUCGCAGGGGUGUUCGGCGGAAGGCUGCGCUUUUACGCGGUUCCGAUUGACUACCUCAAGUCGUUUCUCCGUGAUCAACGGUAUCCGAAAGGCUUCAAGCCGCCGCUUAUUCCGCUGAGCUUCCCCGAGCUGCUCGCCGUCGCGGCGCGCAUCAAGGUCGCCGCGUUUUUCGCUUGA